UGAAAAUAGAAAAAAAAGGUCUCACCCUGCUCUUUUUUUUUUCUCGAGACAAAACUGUAUACCAUGGAACCUACAUCCCCAUCAAAAAAAGUAGAGGCCUGUGAUCAUAAACCAUUGCAAGAAUGCUUGUUACGAAACAACAAUGACCGUUCAAAAUGCAUGAAGGAAUGGGAAGAUUUUCAGCGAGCAUGUCGAGAGAAAGCACAAAAAAAGAACCAAGAAUGUCAAGCUUGUAAAGAAUAAGAAAUUUUGU